CUACUAAAGUUUUUAGUAAAAUGUGCGUAUACCUUAUCCGUGUGAUGGGCAUCAAUGACAGAGGAUCCACGGGCACUAUGACCCAGCAAACAGUCUGGCCCUUCAUGGAGACAUCAGUUGAUGUCACAGACUGUAUAAAAAGCUGCACUUUGAGACUCAGCUCGUCAGUCACCCUCUGCAAGGGGCCAAGGAGCAGCGCGUCUGGAAAACUUUUCACCUUCCAUGCGGAUUAUGUCCCUCACGCGUUGGAACGGCAGCACAUCAUCACUGUGCAUUGUCACGAUGAAGAGUGGUCAACUUAUUUCCCCGCGAGGAGUGGAUUACAAGUGAAAAGAAUCAUUCGUGCCAUGGCGUUACGGAGGCGACUUUCUUCGCAUUUAACCCCUGAAGUGUGAGACGAUGGACAGAAUAUGAGCCAAGAGUGACUCGAGAAGUGAUGGAGGGCGUCGGUCAAGUGGAGCCCACCCAGCUGCCGGUGAACACCUCCAACAUCAGCCAGCCAGAGGAUGCGUCCGAGGCGGAGUGGAGCGCGCACAGUCUCGCCUAUCAGAUCAGCCUGGCGUCGCUCCUUUCCGCCAUCACGCUGGCCACCAGCCUGUCCAACGCCUUCGUCAUCGCCACCAUUUCCCAGUCCAAGAAGCUCCAGACGCCCGCCAACUUCCUCAUCGCCUCGUUGGCCGUCACCGACCUGCUGGUGUCCAUCCUUGUCAUGCCCGUGUGCGUCCUCUACACGGUCAUCCACGAGUGGACACUAGGCCAGGUGGUGUGCGACGUGUGGCUGUCGUCGGACAUCACCUGCUGCACGGCGUCCAUCCUCCACCUGUGCGUCAUCGCCCUGGACCGUUACUGGGCCAUCACGGAUGCGGUGGAGUACUCCAAAAAGCGCACGCCGGGGCGCGCGGCCGGCAUGGUGGCCACCGCCUGGGUGAUCGCCAUCUCCAUCUCGCUGCCGCCGCUCUUCUGGAGGCAAGUCAAAGCGGACGAGUUGACGAGCUGCAGCGUCAACACGGACCACAUCUUCUACACUAUUUACUCCACUUUCGGCGCCUUUUACGUCCCCACCCUGCUGCUCAUCGUCCUCUACGGGCGCAUUUACGUGGAGGCGCGCAAACGCAUCCUCAAGCAAUCCCCCAAGAAAAAGAAAAAGGCGGCGGGCAAGAGGCUGACCUCGGCGUACUUGGUAACGGGCUCCCCGGGCUCCAACGCCUCCACCAGCCCCUUGCAGGGCGGCAGGCACGACGCGCCGUCCAGCGACACCAACUCGUCCACCAGCGAUAACCAGGUGAAGGUGACUCUGUCGGACGCGGCUCUGGAGAAAAAGCGCAUCUCGGCGGCUAGAGAGAGGAAGGCCACCAAGACGCUCGGCAUCAUUCUGGGCGCGUACAUCGUGUGCUGGCUGCCUUUCUUCAUCUACACGCUGGUGGUGGCGACAUGCGACGCCUGCGUCGUCCCCGAGCUCUUUGACUUCUUCACCUGGCUAGGCUACCUGAACUCGCUCAUCAACCCCAUCAUUUACACCAUGUCCAAUGAGGACUUCAAGAAAGCUUUCCACAAACUUGUGCGCUUCAGAUGCUGCAGAGGGUGAUCCUUUUGAAUGAUUUUUCAUUAUUACGAAUGUGAAUACGCAGAUGCCAUAAAUUGCAGUCCAAAGCCAUGGCGUGUGUGUGUGUGUGUGUGUGUGUGGGGGGGGGGGGAAUCCACGGAUUACUUUAUUGCGUUGAAUAUGACAUUGAUGGGGUAACGUACAGGGGAAAAUAGAUUUAAUCAUCAUACAAAACGUGAAAUAAAAUCUAUGUACAUUCAUUGCAGGGUGACUUGUUAUCUAAAAAAAUAGACCCAAAAACAUGCACAAUCUAAUUGAUCUGUAUUAAAAAAAUAUGCCUUAACAAAGACAAUGCUCACUUUUAUUAGAUUGAAUUAAAAAUAUGUAUAUUAUUUAAUGUAAUUUAUUUUUUCCACAUUUAUUAUUUGAUUUUUAAAAAUAUGUGAAAUGUAUUAUUUAUUUAUUUUAGCCUUUUUAAUCCCUUAAAGGGAAAUUCUAUUUCCACUCUAUAUGAAAUAAUAAUUGCAUAUCACCGAGGAAUGCAGUCCAAAUAUUAGAAACACAUCCACAACCACCAGUAAUGCACAUAUGAGUCCAAAGAGUUGUCUCUUAUUUUUUAUUUUAAAUUAUGAGUGUCCCUCCACUAUUGGAAAGUUAAAUCAGGCGUGAGAAAUUUUGGACUCGUGGGCCUGACGCGGCCGGCUAGAGCACUCCAUCCGAUCUGCGAUGUGAUUUUCAAGAAGAAAUAAAACCUCAAAGGAACUGUUGAUCACAUUUGACCCCUAAAUGUUCAAAAUACAAAAUAAUAAACAUUUGUUGGACCGUCUUUCAAACUUCAUUGUCAUUGAAUUGGUCCACUGGGGAGGAGGUUCUCCACCCAUGUAUUUGAUAGUGCGGUGUAUCCUCAUCGUAAACCUGUCUCAAACUUUGCACAGUUGUGAAUCAGAUAUGUGUAUGUGUGCGUAUUUUCAGAUCACUUUUGAUAUCAUGCUUCUAAUGUCUUCAAAUGUCACACAGAUAAGCUGUGUGGGCUGCUAUCGUGUGUGUCUGCAAUGUGAUGUUUGACCUCCACAAACAUACACACACGAGGAUUCAUCUCUUUCCUCUCAGAGAUGCCGUGCAAUAAAGACAAGUAUUUCAAGAA